GUGUAAUUGAUCCUAACCGUUUGAUUGUCCCUUAUCAACAAGCAUCAUAUGCCUGCAUCCUUACCAAUCAAAACUGAAAUUGCAUCCCAAUUCCUAAGCUUCUCCUUCAGAAUGGAGAUGGCUAUUGCUUCGCGCUCGUCAAUCUCUCUACAGGCUACUCUACCUCAAAGAACCAAUAUCCAUGGAACCACAAAAAGCGCCAGUCUUUCAUCUCCUUUCUUGAGAAAUCUUCCAUUUGGAAGCAAAUUGGCUUCUUGUUUCACAGCCAAACCUCCUCCCCAGUUCAGCUCAGCAAACCCACUUCGGAGUUCUAUCAGAUGUUCUGCUUCUCAGGCCACUGAAAUCCAGCCCGAGAAAAAGGAGCAUGUAAUGAGGAGAAGUGACAUAAGGAAUAUAGCAAUUGUGGCUCAUGUAGACCACGGAAAGACUACACUGGUGGAUGCAAUGUUGAGACAAGCAAAGGUGUUUCGAGACAAUCAAUUUGUAAAGGAAAGGAUAAUGGACUCAAAUGAUCUGGAACGUGAAAGGGGAAUAACAAUACUUAGCAAAAACACCUCAAUUACUUACAAUGAUACGAAAAUAAAUAUAAUCGACACGCCUGGUCAUUCAGACUUUGGAGGGGAAGUGGAACGCAUCCUUAACAUGGUUGAAGGAGUUCUUUUAGUGGUAGAUUCUGUCGAGGGUCCAAUGCCACAGACAAGAUUUGUUCUGAAGAAGGCACUGGAAUUUGGCCAUGCCGUGGUUGUUGUUGUUAAUAAGAUUGACAGGCCAUCUGCUAGGCCAGAUUUUGUAGUUAAUGCCACUUUUGAGCUUUUCAUUGAACUCAAUGCGUCAGAUGAACAAUGUGAUUUCCAAGUAAUAUAUGCAAGUGGCAUCAAUGGAAAAGCAGGGCUUGAACCUGAAAAUUUGGGAGAUGAUCUUGGACCACUUUUUGAGUCCAUAGUUAGAUGCAUUCCUGGACCUUGUAUUGAAAAAGACGGUGCACUUCAGAUGCUUGCUACAAAUAUUGAAUAUGAUGAUCAUAAAGGGCGAAUAGCUAUUGGGCGCGUACAUGCGGGAACUUUGCGUAAAGGAAUGGAUGUGCGGAUAUGUACAUCAGAGGAUGAACACCGGUUUGGUAGAGUUAGUGAACUUUUUGUGUAUGAGAAAUUCUAUAGAGUUCCUGCAGAAAGUGUGGAAGCUGGUGAUAUAUGUGCUGUUUGUGGCAUUGGCGAUAUUCAGAUUGGGGAGACUAUUGCAGAAAAAAGCAAUGGAAAGCCACUGCCUACCAUAACUGUUGAAGAACCCACAGUGAAAAUGGCAUUUUCGGUCAACAUUUCCCCAUUUGUUGGCCGUGAGGGUAAGUAUGUCACAAGUAGAAACUUAAGAGAUCGUUUGUACCGUGAACUUGAGAGAAAUCUAGCCAUGAAAGUGGAAGAUGGUGAAACUGCAGAUACAUUUAUUGUUAGUGGACGGGGAACUUUGCACAUCACCAUAUUAAUUGAGAACAUGCGAAGAGAAGGAUUUGAGUUCAUGGUUGGACCUCCCAAAGUAAUCAAUAAAAGAGUGAAUGACAAGUUGCUGGAACCUUAUGAGAUUGCUAUUGUAGAGGUACCUGAAGAGCACAUGGGGUCUGUAGUGGAACUUCUUGGUAAAAGACGUGGGCAGAUGUUUGAUAUGCAAGGGGUUGGGUCGGAAGGAACAACUCUCCUGAAAUAUAAAAUACCAACCCGAGGUCUUCUCGGACUGCGGAAUGCUAUUUUGACUGCCUCCAGAGGAACAGCCAUUCUCAACACUGUUUUCGAUAGCUAUGGACCUUGGGCUGGUGAUAUUUCCACACGGGAUCAGGGCUCACUGGUUGCUUUUGAGGAUGGAACAAGCACGUCGUAUGCUCUAUCUAGUUCACAGGAAAGAGGGCAAAUGUUUAUAGGUCCCGGAGUUGAUGUUUAUAAAGGCCAAAUAGUCGGCAUUCAUCAGCGCCCUGGUGACUUGUCUCUCAAUGUUUGCAAGAAAAAAGCCGCGACCAACAUUCGUUCUAACAAAGAACAGACAGUGGUUCUUGACACCCCUCUGGAUUAUAGUCUUGACGACUGCAUAGAGUACAUCGAAGAAGAUGAACUGGUUGAAGUUACUCCCCUUAGUAUCCGGAUGUGCAAAAACCCAAAGUUCACGACCGCAAAGAGGGCAAAGUAGGAAUUUCUUGGCAUUGGAAGAUCGUCCAAGAUCUCCCGUCUGGUCUUUCAUGGCCAGUUGCCGCUGUAAUGGCGUGCUUGCAGGUUCAUAACAUCAACAUAUCAGCAAUUGGAGUUCUCUAAAGAGAUCUCUGCAGCAUUGAAUCUCAGACUACUGUAAUAGUCACUAUACAGAGGAUUAUUAAACUUUGGUCAAUGUAUGAUUCAUGUAUAAAAUAGUGUAUUGUAACAUUCUUUCGAUUGCCAAGUAGGAAAAAAGUUUGCGUACGCAUACCCUUAGACCCUACUUUUCGUGGGAUUUUAUAGGAUUUGUCGUUUUGUUGUACUCUAUACUAGAUUCAUCCCCGUGCAAUGCACGGACAUAAAAUUUGGCGUGUUUA